GGAAGAGUCGUCUUCCUGCUUGGGAGACCGACGAGACGAUACAGAGAAUCCACAAAGGCGCGACCCGAUUCUGUUUCGAUCUUGACGAACGACUCUUUCUUUGUGAUUUCGAUUCUCCCGGGAAAACUCUGAGGAUGUUGGAGAAGAUCGGAUUGCCGGCAAAGCCCUCACUGAGGGGGAGCAAUUGGGUGGUCGACGCCUCGCAUUGUCAGGGCUGUUCUUCUCAGUUCACCUUCAUCAAUCGCAAGCAUCACUGCCGCAGAUGUGGGGGCUUGUUUUGCAACAGUUGUACCCAGCAAAGAAUGGUGUUACGUGGACAAGGUGAUUCACCGGUACGUAUUUGUGAACCCUGUAAAAAGCUUGAAGAGGCAGCACGUUUUGAGAUGCGAUAUGGACACAGGAAUAGAAAUGGAAGAGGUGGUUCAAAAUUGACAUCCAGACAUGAGGAUGAAGUUCUAAAUCAGAUUCUGGGUAGUGACAGGAAGGAAUUGGUUUCCAGACUCCCAAGGGAUACAAGUGGUACAUCAUCUUCAAGCAUUGGAGAAGUCUCCACUCAUGAUGAGGGAGAAGGACCUAGAACUGCUUCUAUAGAGGAGCCUGCUCUGGCUCUGGCUGAGAAGGAAUCUCCCACUCCUGAAGAAUUGCAUCGGCAGGCUCUGGAUGAAAAGAAGAAAUAUAAAAUUCUGAAAGCAGAAGGAAAAUCUGAAGAAGCUUUAAAAGCCUUUAAAUUGGGAAAGGAGCUCGAGCGGCAGGCUGGAGCUUUGGAAUUAUUAUUAAGAAAAAAUCGUAAAAAGGUUUUGUCUUCAAGCAACAUAGCUGAGAUCCAGAAAACCAACGAUGACAAUACAUAUUCAGGCCAAAGAAACAAACUCUCUCCCCAGAAGAGUAAAGAAAAAGAUGACAUUUCUGCUGAACUCAGAGAACUGGGAUGGUCCGAUAUGGAUCUUCAUGAUGCAGAUAAGAAACCAGCAAGCUUGAGUUUGGAGGGUGAACUUUCUACUCUUCUUGGAGAAGUCUCUCGGAAAACUAGUAGUGUCAAGGGAAGUCAUGGUAUUGACAAAACCCAGGUCAUUGCUCACAAGAAAAGGGCUCUUGCAUUGAUGCGUGAAGGAAGACUUGAUGAAGCAAAGGAAGAACUGAAGAGAGCUAAAGUUCUUGAAAAGAAACUUGAGGAAGAGGAAUUCUUGGCCGAGGCUGAGGAUUCUGAUGAUGAGCUUUCUGCUCUGAUCCGUAGUAUUGACAGUGACAAACCAGAUAGCCUGUUGGUUUCAUAUGAGCCCAAUCCUGGUUUUGAUUUUGCUCACCUGGUGGGUGUUGCCAAUGAUCUUGAUUUUGAUGACAACUUUGAGGUGACUGAUAAAGAUAUGGGUGACCCGGAAAUUACUGCUGCAUUAAAAUCAUUAGGUUGGGCUGAUGAAGCCAAUCAUGUUGAGGACAUUAAGUUCCAAUUUCUCCCUGUUGAUAAGGAGGCACUGUCAAGUGAAAUUCAGUCAUUGAAAAGAGAAGCUCUUAACCAGAAAAGGGCAGGAAAUACUGCAGAGGCAAUAGAGCUCCUAAAGAAGGCAAAGGUACUAGAAAAGGACAUUGACAACUAUGCUACUCAAGAAGUGGAUGCAGUGCCAAGCAAUCCUGCAAAACUAGAGACUGGGUCAGCUAGUCAAUCAGGUGAUAACCCAACCGAAUCAAAUAAGGCUGAUGUCAGAAAUGUUAACAGAACGGAGAAAGCAGACUCUAAAUUGGCUCCAAAAAGUAGGCUAAUGAUUCAGAAAGAGCUGCUGGGCCUGAAAAAAAGGGCUCUUGCUUUGCGAAGGGAAGGUAAAUUGGAUGAGGCAGAUGAAGAACUGAAAAGGGGGAAGGUUCUUGAGCAGCAACUCGAAGAGAUGGAUAAUGCCUCAAAAAUGAAGGCCACAUGUCAUAGUGUUCGUAAUAAGAAUGAUGAUGACAUUCCUGUUCCAGAUAUUGUAGAUGAAGAAGGGGAUGUGACAGAACAGGACAUGCAUGACCCAACAUAUCUUGCAUUUUUGAAGAACCUGGGUUGGAAGGAGGAGGAUGACAAAAAUGUCACAUUUUCAUCCAAACCCGUUAACCAAUACGUUCGCAGAAUUGAUUCCGCUGUUACUGAAGCUGUUAGUUCUAUUCAGGUUAUACCAUCUAGAAGAAGUAAAGGUGAAAUCCAGAAGGAGCUCCUUGGCUUGAAAAGAAAGGCACUUGCUUUGAGACGCCAAGAUGAGACUGAGGAGGCAGAUGAAGUACUGAAAAUGGCAAAAGUAUUAGAGGCUGAAUUAGCAGAGAUGGAAGUGCCAAAGAAAGAAGCUCAAUUAGAAAGCAGUAAGCAUGUGGAAAAUGAGAUUUGUAGUUCUUCUCCCCACAAUAAUGCAGUUGUAGGAGGAAUUAAAAGAGGUGUACCAGAAGAAGACAUGCAAGGUUCUGCACUGGUCUCAGAGCUUAAGAAUUCAGGGGGGAAGGGUGAAGUUGAACCUGCAGCCAGGCAAGAAAAAUACUCUGAAAAAAUUGCUACUAGUUCUUUGCGUCCUAAUCAUCUAGGAACCAAAGAUCUGGGAAUCAAUAACAAAACUACGCAUGAGGAAAGAGAGGAAAUAAUUCUAAAACAUACAAAACCACAAAUUGAUGAAUUUGAUUCAAUUCAGGCUACUGUUCCUGAGAAUGAUCACAGUUCUGUCCGGCAAGAAAUUCUUAUUCUGAAAAGAAAGGCAGUCGCUUUGAAGAGAGAGGGGAAAUUGGCAGAAGCUAGGGAGGAACUUCGCCAGGCAAAGCUUUUGGAGAAGAGUUUGGAGGAUAGCAUCUCUCAUCCUUUCACUAGUUCUAGCAAUGUUUUGAGCGCUUCUUCUAAUGUCACUUCUGUUCAACAAAAAGAGCAUGUUUCAUCAAAACCACUGUCCAGUCGUGAUCGUUUCAAGUUGCAACAAGAGUCCCUCAGCCACAAAAGGCUUGCGUUGAAGCUGCGGAGGGAAGGGCGUACUGAAGAAGCAGAGGCUGAGUUUGAAUUGGCCAAGUCCCUUGAAGCUCAGUUGGAGGAAUUGGCUACCAAUGAUUCUGUUAAAAGUUCCAUCAGUGAAGCAAAACUUGAUGAUGUUGGUGUCGAGGAUUUUCUGGAUCCUCAACUUUUGUCUGCUUUGAAAGCAAUAGGUAUUGAAGAUGCUAGUGCAUCCCAAGGUUCUGAGAAACCAGAGCCAGUAAAGCCUGUUGUUGGUAAGAGUGAAAGCUCUGAUCAAGAAAGAGUCCAACUGAAAGAACAGAUCAAGGCAGAAAAGUUGAAAGCACUAAACUUGAAGCGUUCAGGGAAGCAAGCUGAAGCCCUGGAUGCUCUUCGUCGGGCAAAAGUGCUUGAAAAGAAGCUGAAUUCUCUAGCUUCAUAGAUAUACAUAAUCAUGUCAAUCUUCUCCCACAGCUAGGGCUACCUUGAUUAACACUUAGAAAAACCAGAGGUUGAGGUCAUCAUGGAAGGAUAGUGUGGUUGCUGGAUGAUCUGAACUGAAAGAUCAAGGUAUUGGAACCUAUGCUUACGCUUUUAAUAGUUUGUACAUUAAUCUGUAACACGAGUCACUGUAAUUUUUACCUGUUUUCUUUUGAUGAGUAAGAACAUUAAUGUGUGUUUUUUUACCUCCGGAUUCUUUACUUGGCCGUGUGAGCUAACAAGGAUUGGUGGGCAUGUAUUGUUAGUAAAAUGUUAAUCUUUACCUUUGCCUGAAGCA